GCGGUUGUGUUGAUUCAUCUUACGUGUCAUCAGGUUCAAGAGGUCAAAGGUCGGCAAAAUGGCUGUUCAAGGAUGGGUGUGAUCCGGUUUUUCGGUGUUUUCCUUCUUUCUCUUGGAUGUUUGCAGUCUAUAUUUGUUCAAGAAGGAGUCAGAACGUCCUAAUAGAAAGGAGAGGAUCCAAAUUUUAUCUUCAGCACAAGAAGGAUUGUCAAUAAUUGUUCAGAUGGCUGAAGUCAUCACCAUGGUAACAGAGCGUGUGAGCGAGUACCCCGCCCUACCCACACGGCUACAACAGCACCUGGACCUCCAGAGGAGGGCGGGGCAGUUCUGUGACGUCACACUGUCCGUACAGGACGCCAAGUUCAACCUACACAGAUGUGUGCUGUCUGCUUUCUCCCCUCAUCUGACGGGGAUGCUGAACUCAGCUGGCCCACUAGAGGGCGCUGCUAACAAUAGUGGUACAGCCCAGGCAACCCAACUUGACCUUCCUGAGCUGACCAGAGAGGGAGUGACCCCUGUUGUGAACUUCAUGUACACGUCCAAACUUGUGCUGACCAGGGACAACAUCUUUCCUGUGUCAGUGGCUGCCGGAUACUUCCAGAUCCGCGAGCUGAUCCAAGAAUGUCAGCAGUACUUUCAAGAGACGCAGCAAAGUCAAGGUCAAGGUCUCCAAGGUCAUUUCUAUCCAGGAGGGAGUAGCGUGCGUGCUUCUCCAGGAACAAGAGUACUGCCAGAGCAAUUUCAAACUGUCUCGGGAACAAGGAUGGUACCAGAGCAGCAUCAAGCUACCUUGGGAACAAGAAUGCCAUCACUGCAACAGCAUCACACUACCCCAGGAUUGAGAGUGUCGCCAGAGCAGCAUCAAGCUGCCCUGGGAACAAGAAUGCUAUCACAGCAGCAUCAUACUGCCCCGGGCACAAGAAUGCCUUCAGAGCAACACCACCACACUCUCCUGGGAACAAGAAUGCCAUCAGGGCGGCUUCAGACUACCCCGGGAACAAGAAGAUCCUCUGGUAGCACAGAAGUGCUGUCUGUAGACUCUUCCCCAGGUUUACAGUCCCCCACUUCUACCUCACAGCAGGUGUACUCAGGGAGGAAUGAUCAGGAAACAGGGAAGAAUGAUCAACCAGGAGCAACAGCAGGUCACGGAUCAGAAGACACUCUAAACACUUCUGCCAAUGAUGAGACUGCAACAGACCCUGCAAACUUUCCUCCCGCAGACUUCAGGGUAGAAAGCAGUGAUGAGUUUUCCGGUGAAAGUCACAUUGAACAUUCAAACAUCAACUCAGAAGCAGUUGUUGUGAAGCAGGAACCUGCAGAAAGUUGGAUGGACUUUCCAGAAGGCGCAGCGACUAACCAGCAAGAAAUGGACAGUUAUAUGUGGAGGGGAGGGAACCAUGUUUCAGACGAUUCAGACAAGCCGUUUCAGUGCAUGUUCUGUCCCAAGCGUCUGCGCUCAAAGUCGUUGUUGGCGAUGCACAUCAGACGACACACUGGGGAGCGCCCGCACGCUUGCCCGCUGUGCUUCACCAAGUUCCACGAAAAGUGGUCGCUAACGAAACACAUGCGCGUGCACACCGGAGAGAAACCGUACAAAUGCACGCAGUGUCCCGCCACUUUCGCAGACGCAUCCAAUCGCAACAAGCACAGGAAACGGAUGCACGGUGUGUAUACACAAGGGUCAAACAGUUACGCUACAAACAGCACUCCGGAGAGAGAAUUUGAAGGUUUUCCAGGACCUGUAAACCACAUGGAUCACGUUGGCAUGCGAGCGAACCAAUUGUUCAGUGUUCCUAACACAGAGGAAAGUACAGACUUAGACACACAACAGACUUGUGUAGAAUGAACAUCUUUCCAUGCAUAUACAUAUCCGUACACAAGGGUUGAACAGUUCUGCUGCAAACAUGUACAGCACCCCGGAGAAAGAAUUUGAAGGUUAUCCUCUCAUAAACCACACGAAUCACGUUGGCAUUCGAGCGAACCAGUUGUUCAGUGUUCCAAACACGGAGGAGAGUACAGGUGUAGACACACAACAGACUUGUGUAGAAUGAAUGAACAUCCUUCUGUGCAACCUCAAGUGUAAUUAAUAUACAGUAACUAAAUCGUGUGGCAUAAAUAUUUGAUUGAUAUAGAUAUAUAUAGGGAGAAGGUAAUGAUGAGAAUGAUUGUACAUUUUCCAUCCAAAUUUUGCCCUAUUCCUUUUAUGAAGAAAAGGAAAAGUAUUAAAUCAAGAUCACUUAAGUUUGUAAAUACAAAGUAGAUACUAUCUCAAUCUAGUUUGUCUUGAAAGUGAAAUGAAUCCAUUCUCGACACAUAUUUUGGUUGAAAUGUGUUUAUUAAAUAUUUGCAAAGAAAGAUUGUUCUUUAAGUACUAUAUGUGCUUCCUGUAAGCUGAAUCUAUCAGCUACUGUCACAUGUCGUACAGUGGGUUUCAUACAUUGGACCUAGAUGUAAGUGGAAGAUACCAUCUAUAGAUGUAUACAGGGGGUAACCUUGUGUAAUUUUUGUCAUAAACAGA